ACUGGCGCCUGUCAGUCAGAGCUCAGGGAGAAGACGAAGUGUGAAGUUUCCCAGCUGACCCUGAAGGCAGCAGCAGAGUUUUUGACCUUCAGAGUGACUGGACUGAUUUCACUGUUGGUGUUAGCGAGUUAGUUCAGUCACUCACCUGCAGCUCACUCUCCUGGACUCACCUGUGAAGGUACAAUCUUCAUCUCAUCCUGUGAUUUUAUUUAACCUGAUGGUGAGCUGUGAUUGGCCAGUCAUGGACCAAUCUCUGUCCAGCGGGCGGGGUCAUGUGAGCGUGCUCAGUUGUUUCCCGCCAUCUGUCGGCAGAGACAUUGCUGUUGCUGUGGUGAAACCCCUGGGAGCCGGCCUGGGAAACCCCGACACCCAGAGCCUGCUGCGCACAGACAGACAGGUGAAGUGGACGAUGGAGGUGUUGUGUUAUGCUCUGACGCUCCCGUUGGACGGAGACACUGUCAAACUCUGUGUCAAUGUCUACACCGAUUGGCUGAUGGCGCUGGUUUCCCCGAGAGACUCCGUCCCCCCACCUAUCAGCAGAGAGCCCAACCUAUACGCCCAGAAGAUCCUCCGACACCUGCAUAGCCUGUUCCUACCCAGGUCAGACCAGGUGAGUCCGGUCUACCUGUCUCUUUGUCAGCAGGUGUUGUGUGCAGUUCGGUCGUUGGCCAGAGAGAGCACUGUGAUGAGCAGAGACACCUGGGAGUCUCUGCUGCAUUUCCUGCUCCGCUUCAACCAUGCCAUGCUGGCUCCGCCCACUGCUGCAGCGGGCAGUGUAUCUGACCUGUCGAUGGCUGUCCUCCUGGAAGUCUGGUUGCUGUCUUGCUCUCGGUGUUUCCCUCCUCGCUCUCUGUGGCAGAUGUGCAGACAGAUGUUGAGCAGCUGGAGACAUCAGGCUGCUGUGGUGGAGCAGUGGAGCCGAGUCGUCGGCGCGUUAACGUCCAGGUUGUUGCUGCUGACCUUUGGUCCGUCCUUCCCUCAGUUUAAAGUCCCAGAUGAAGAUGCUGCUUUGAUCCCUGCAGACAUGGACGACUACAGAAUCCCUCAAACCUGGUUCAAGUUCCUGCACAUGUUCAGUAACCCGGUGGACCUCAGUCGCCCGGUGGUUGUUGCUUCGUCUCCUCCCUCUCAGGAGGAGGUGCUCAGGGGAGGAGACGCUCAGCUGCCACACAUCUUCUUCAGAGCCAUGAGAGGAAUCAGCUCGCUGGUCGACGCCUUCCUGGGUGUGACUAUGGAAAACAAAGAGACAACAGAGCUGCAGCCAAACAUUGGACUGACUUCAAGGAUCCAGUUCAGAGACCGGUUGCCGUCUCUUGGUGUUGCUGUGACUAAGAGCCCCUUCAGAGACCGCCCCCCCCCCUACGGUAUCUCACGGCCUCGUUCAGGUAGUGCCCCACCCACCCCCAUGAACAUAUUGAGCGUGCCCAGUUCCCCUCCCUCCACCACCUCCCCUACCUCCCCCCCUCCACACAAGAGACAAUUAAAACCUGCAAACGUUUCCAAGGCAACAGGAAAACCACCUACGAUGUCUCCCCUCCCCCAUCACUGGAAGGCCUCUACCCAUCCUCCCCUCUCCCCUCCCCUUCUGUGCUCCUCCCCCCGACCCUCCCCCUCCCCCCUCAGGUGUAAUGUGGACUCCCUCCUCCACCUGUUCGGCAGCUGGUUGUUUGAUGCUGCUCUGAUCCACAGAGACUCUGCAGGUCACUGUGAUGUCACUGUGAUGUCAGAAAGGUGGGCGGCAGGUCGAGCUGAGGCCUGUGGGACACUCUGCAGGAUCUUCACCUGUAAGAAGACUGCAGAGGACAUCCUGCCUGUCUACCUGUCCAGGUUCUACCUGGUUCUGCUGCAGGCUCUCCAGGUGUGUGAGGGGGCGUGUCCUUCUGUCCUGGCCUCCGUCCUGUUGAACUCUACCUGCCUGUUCUGCUGUGACCUGAGGGGAGUCAACCUGCUGCUCCCGUCCUUCAUCUCAGUUUUGGAGAGUGUGCUGCUCGACAGAGAGCUGUUGAGGUUUACAACUUUUGUGAAUCUGGUGGAUUUGAGACGAGCCUCCCUCCUCGUCCUACUGUCCCUGCUGCCCCUCCCUUUGCAGUUUGGACCCGUCCGAUCCGAGGUGCACCUGAACAGGCAGCUCAGUGGUAAUGAUGUCACAGCAGGUAACUUCCUGUCUCUGAAGCCCCGCCUCAUCAGCGCUCUGAUUGGAGCUCUGCAGACGGAAAGCAAUGCCUCCAACACGCAGGUGAUCCUGGCUGCCAUGUUGAACCUGGUCCAGGAUUCUGCUCUGGUCCAGGCUGCAGGACAGACUCAGCAGGAAACUGAGUUGCAGCGUGGUGGAACCAGUCAACCUCGAUGGACCAGUGGAACCAGUGGAAACAGACGAACCAGAGGAACCAUCAUCCAAUCAGAUGCAGUGGAGGUCCUGUGGGUCCAGUUUGUGCGUCUGCUGACUCAGCGUCUGACGACUCAGUGGAGGAACGAGUCAGCAGUUUGUCUGUCUGCACUGGAAGUACUGGGAGGACUGGCCAAGGUGGAGGUGAGGGUGGAGGAGUCAGAGAGGAGGCGAGCAGUCAGUUCUGUCUGUAGUUACAUCGUGUUUCAGUGCAGUCGUCCUCCCCCUCUUCACUCCAGAGAACUGCACUCAAUCAUUGUCGCUGCUUUCACCUGUCUGAACGUCUGGUUAACUCACCACCCCACCAUGUUGGACCACCAGGAGUGUUUGUCCGAGGUCCUGGAGAUCGUGGAACUGGGAAUUUCAGGCAGUAAAUCCAGACAGGAACAGGAAGUGAAGAGUAAAGAAAAAAAAGAACUGAACCCGGCCUCUCUGAGGGUGAAGGAGGCAGCUGAGGCCACACUGAGCUGUGUGAUGCAGGUUUCUGGGGUGUUCCAGUUUGUCGGAGGCUUGCUGAAUGAGGACGCUCUGAUUGGCUGUUCGAGGUUGAAUGACAGCAGCAUGAAGAAAUUCAGAUACUUUGUGGUCGACAGCUCUGUGAUUCUGGCCACACUGGAACCAGGACCUGAACAGGCGUUGUGUCCAUCACUCAUGGUGCUGAUCCGAGGACCAUCAGGAUGUCACACCUGGACUCUGCAGCUCCACCUGGAGCCCAGAAAGGGAACACACACUCAGCAGACUCUGAUCCCAGAACACCGCCGUGGGGCCCUGGGGGAUUCUGGGAUACAAUGUGAUGUCAAACACCGACAGUUUCCUGAGAACAUAGACCAAGUUCCUUCAGUUAAAGCAGAUUUGAGUAUUCCAGGUCUAAACGAGACCAUUACUGAGGAGGUGCAGCAGCAGGUGGAGUGUCUGCGAGCAGUGCUGAAAAGACAGCAGCAGGUUGACGAUUGGCUGCAGGUGAGGGGUCGUUCAGUCACCAUGACUACCUGCAGGCCACCACCUCCAGUCACCAAUUUCCAGACGGCGAGACUCUUCCUGUCCAACCUGGGCCUCCUGACACCUGAGACCCUGAAGGAUCCAGGUACCGGAGUCUUGGCUCAGCUUGUGUCUCUGGACUCGUCUCUUCCAGGAUUCUCAGACGACCUGAGACGUUUGGAUCAGCUGCCGUCCAGAAACUGUGACUCCGCCUUCAUCUUCUAUAUGAGAGCAGGACAGAGGACACCUGCUGAGGUCACUCACCUGUCUGUCUCACCUGUCUGUCUGUCACCUGUCUGUCUGUCUCUAACCUGUCUGACUUUCUGUAGAUCUUGAGAAAUGUGGAGUCCAGGUGUAGCAUCCCGUCUCACUUCCUGGACUUCCUGUCAUGUCUCGGUCGGCCAGUGGGGGUGGGGCCA